AUGUCGAUCAAGCUCUUCAUCAAGAACGAGAUCCACUCGAUCCAGCUCCAGUUUGACGUGAAUGACAGCAUUGCCGCCGUCAAGGCUGCAUACCAGAAGAGCGGCAAGGUGCAAGGCCGUUUGGACUACAUUGUGCUGCUCCACCGUGGCAAGGAGCUCCAGGACGAGAAGUCGAUCGCCGAGCAUGGCAUCAACGACGGCGCGAUCUUGGUCCACAUUGAGACCUUGCACGAGCCGUUCCGGCCCGUCAACUACGCGGUCCUCGCCGAUGCCAUCAAGCAGCGUCACUUGCACGAGCAAGCCAACCUCAAAAUGAUGCAGCAAGAUGGCACGAUGCAUCAUUUGGGCUUUGACAAGAGCAUCAUCUCGCGGUCUAUGUCAUCCUCCUCCACUGCGAUGACUUACGCUUGUUGCUCAGGCUCGGGCCGCACGUUCUUCAACCAAGUGUCGGUGCUCGUUAACGGCUGCAGCUACCACGUCUUGCCAAGCAUGGAAGGUCGCUGGAACGGCGAGCUCGAGUCGAUUCCGUCGCAGGACGAAGGCACGCAAGUGUGCUCGUGCGAACUCACGUUCCGCGAGGAAGAAGGCGUGUGGAACCUGCGCCAGAUGCGCACGUCCAUCAGCGGUCUCACGACGACCCAGCACUUGUGGAUCAAGCCUGCGGCCGACGGCGUCCUCAAGCUUGAGACGGACGAUCCGUCGUUGCGCGGCAGCGACAUUACGAUGCGCGAAGUGGGCGCCAACAUUUUGAUCAUCACGGCCACCUCCAAGCGCACGGGCCGCCCCGUCAUGGUGGAGACCAUCACGUCCAUCGACAGCACCCGCCGCCUUCGCACGGUCCAGCGCUUUGACGAGACGGGCGGCUUCCGCUUUGUCUACGUCAUGAACGAACGACGGGUCGUUGACGCCGUCUCGGGGGCCAUGGAGCGCUACGACCCCAACUUUUAA